CGCACCAGCCAGGAUGAGAACAGCGUGCUUCAUUGUUCUUCCUCUGCUCACUGUCUUGACAGCCACAGCACUGGGAACACCUGCACGGACCAAUGAACCUGUGGUGUCCCUGAAAAAUGGCAGAGUCCGAGGAGAAUACGUGGCAGUGAAGGGCACUGAGAGGAGGGUAGCACAGUAUCUGGGCAUCCCCUUUGCCCGGCCCCCUGUGGGGGCCCUUCGCCUGGCACCCCCACAGGCUGGAGAGCCCUGGGAGGGGGAGAGAGAUGCCACACACCAGCCUCCUAUGUGUAUCCAGGAUCCAUUCACUGCUGUGCAGGUAUCUCAGAUCAUGUCUAUUGAAUACCCCCCACCAGAGGUUUCAGAGGACUGUUUGUAUUUGAAUGUAUACACUCCAGCCGAGGCAACAACGGGAACUAAACUGCCUGUAAUGGUGUGGAUCCAUGGAGGGGGCUUGUCCAUGGGAGCGGCCUCACAGUACGAUGGUGCCCCAUUGGCUGCUUAUGAAAACAUGGUUGUGGUUGUAAUCCAAUAUCGCCUUGGAAUCCUGGGAUUCCUAAGCACUGGGGAUGAGCAUGCUCGUGGUAACUGGGGUUUCAUGGACCAGUUAGCAGCUUUGAAAUGGAUUCAGGAUAAUAUUGAAACCUUCAGAGGAGACCCACAGUCAGUCACCAUCGCUGGAGAAUCUGCAGGAGGCAUCAGUGCAUCCAUGCUGACACUCAGUCCACAGGCCGGAGGAUUGUUUCAUAGGGCAAUUUUUCAAAGUGGAGUAGCAACACUUGGUACCUAUUCCACAAAGGAACCUUUCAUCCAAGCAAAGGUUGUCGCUAAUCUGACCGGUUGUGAGCGCAGCACCACAGAGGAGUUAGUCAGAUGUAUGAAAGGAAUAAGCGAAGAGGACUUAAUCAAUGCAACCAAACAGAUGAAGGUGUACCUAGGAGCAGUGGUGGAUGGUAUAUUCCUGACUGAUGAUGCUGAGGAACUUCUCAAAAGGAAGGAAGUGCUAAAGGUUCCUAUCAUGAUGGGAAUAACCAAUCAUGAAUUUGGAUGGAUCCUGCCUCAGACCUUUGCCCCUCCUGGUUGGCAGGACGGUAUGGACAGGGAGUCGGUGCUGGCUGUGAUGAAGCUUUUCAACCCCAGUGGGGUCUCUUUUGCAAACGACCUCAUUGCAGAUGAGUACUUGAAAGAUGCCAAGACGCCUGAGGAUAUCAGAGAUGGCUUCACUGAAAUCUUGGGGGACUUGCUAAUGACUCUGCCAGUCAUCAAAGUGGCUGGCUACCACAGAGAUGCUGGUGUUCCAGUAUAUUUAUAUGAGUUUGUACACCGCCCUGGGGUGCACAAGCUGACCAGACCCAGCUUUGUAAAAGCAGAUCAUGCCGAUGACGUUGGGUUCAUGUUUGGUGGAUGCUUCUGGGGUGGACAAAUUAAAAUUAUAGGCACCAUCACUAAAGAGGAAGAGAAGUUAUGUAAGACCAUGAUGGCAUACUGGGGCAAUUUUGUUCACAAUGGCUCUCCAAAUGGUGCUGGGUUGGUGCAGUGGCCCCAGUAUAAUGACCAGAACCAGGAAUACUUGCAGCUGGGCCUGGAGCAGACUGUUGGACAGAAACUAAAAAAGGAGAGGGUACAUUUUGCUACCAUCACUCUCCCUCAGAAGUUGGAAAGUUUAGUGGCAGCAGCCAAAGCAGAAAACUGAUUCUUAUGGUUGCAGUGUUAAGUCACCAUGGGUUUGACUGUUUGUUGGUGUUUGGGUUGACUGGUGUAGGCUAGGGUACUCCUGGUCCCCUAGCACCAUGAGCGUAGAUAUCGAUCUACCUACACCCUGGUUCUUGGUCCCGGAAUUAUUUCCGAACAACUCUUUUUUGUAACAUAGCUUUAAUAAAUGGCAUUUUUCUAAUU